AUGGCAGCAGUAGAGUCCAAAGAUGAAGCCAGUUCGUCGGAACUUUCGGAGAGUCCCCACGCGAAGGAUUCGAAAGUUUCAACAAGUCCGAACCAGAGUAACAACUCAGCUUCAUGGCUCGUCGGAGAUGUAGUGUGGUCGAAAAUCCCAGGCCAUCCAUGGUGGCCUUCGAUGGUUUCUUACGACCCAAACACUGCGGUGUCCUUCAAGUAUAAGGGAAGAGCUAGAUUUUAUCAUGUGCAGUUUUUUGGACAGGAUCCUGUGAGAGGCUGGGUCGCUGAAAGAUCGAUCUUAAAAUUUGAAGGUGAGGGCCAUUCUUGCGUGCACUACCGACUAAUAGAGAAGAAAGUGAUAAGCUCAUGUUGGGCGAAUACUCGGGUAUUAAAUCUCGCAAGUUUUAUCUAUAAUUGCGGGAUUAACUUUAACACACUGUCCUGCUAGGUGUCGUAAUUAAAGGCACAAUUUCUUUCUGUGGCAUGAGGAAUCGGCGGCGAUGUAAUCACUUGCGCGUUGUGUGUUCAAAAAUACAUUUUGUCCCGCCAUGUUUAUCUAAAUUUCAUUCAAAACAAGUAAGUCGCCAACCGACAACGAAAACGAUUGGAAAAUAUCGCCAAAAUGUGUCCAAUUUCAUUUAAAUUUCACUUAUCGCGUAUUGAAUAGCAUUACGAAGUUCUCAGGCAGCAGAUCCCUGUUUUUGGAUCGUAACUUGGUUAUGUAAAUAUGUUGGGUGUACUUGAGUCUUUUCAAUAUGUUUUGGCGCUUCGCCAUGCUAAGAUUCACCAGUCUUCAGGCGCAUGAUCAUCAAAAACAGGACAGCUGCUUGGGAAGGAAAAGUCUGAAUGUUACCAAUGUGCCCUUAUGCACGCCGAUGAUAGAAUUUUUUUCGUGAAUCUCUUCAUUCGACUUAAUUUUGUUUUGCUUGAAAGGUGUUUUUUUUUCCAAAAAGCAGCACAUUUGUCAAAAUUAUCAUUAUUAUUCAUUCUCGCAGAAAGACACUUUAUGUCAUGAAUAUUUGUGUCAGGAUUCAGCUGCCUAAGUUGCAUUGAAUUAAGCUCAGUUUUGGCUUUCUGUCUAUAUGUUACAUUUUUAUUAAAUUUACCAGGUAAUAUGACUUUGUCUGAUUUUGUUUUAAAAAGUUUUUACAAUCUCACAAUUUAUUAUGCCAGCAUGUGAAAAUCAUAGCUCAUUAUUUCUUGGUAUCUUUCCCAAUUCUUAUUUUAUUUUUUACUGCCCGACUAUUCCCAAGAUUGAAAUUGAUCAUCCUGCACAGAAAAUUAAAUAGUCUUUCUUUUAUGAUCCAAUUGUCAAUAUUUGACUUAAAACCUUUUGCAAGCAUCAUAAGUAAUAUUGUUAAAAGUCUGAUGUGGAUAUGCACUACUUUGCUUGAUCUCCCAGACAAACCUCUAGAUUUCCAUUAAUUUUUAAUUUGCUACUUGUAUUGUAGGUUUUGAAAUAAAAACAAAAACGUUGCUGCUCCUGUGCUUUCAUGUUACCAGUAUCUUUUGUUCAAUUCAGUGUUGAAUUUCAGCAUUUAUGCCCUAGAAAUGCGAUGUAAAUAAAUUAUUGUCUACCGUACCUCGUUUUGUGACUGGCAAGUAAAUUGAGGUGAAAAGGGCUUGAUAUUUUUCUUUUCAUCCAGCACAAUGACAUUUUCUAUUAACAUUCAAAACAGCUAUAUUUAAAAAUAGUAUGGUAAAAAAUCCAAAUAAUAGUUUUGCAACAUUCUUUAGAUCAAAAAGUAGAUUUCAUUAGCAGAUUACUCUUUGUUAGUGAAAGAGAAGUCUUCAAGAUUUGUUACAAAAUUCUAACAGUUUUAAUGUUUUGUUUGCAUGCCUAUUUACCAGUUUAUUAAUACAGUGAAUUUUUUAGAAAUCUGUCAGUAAUACAUUGGAAAGGAUUGCUCAAGUUAUUCUGUAGCAAUAGCAGCAGUCUUAGUGAUAUAUGAAGCCAGCCUUCAAAGAAAAUGUUUUGCAGGUUAUCCUUUAGUGGAUUAUUGAUUUAACAUAGCUUUCUGGUUUAGCUUCAAGUGCUGUAGCCUGCGAAAACAUCCGUUUCUCCUCGCUCUUCGCCGCUGGGGACGUUUCGCGCGGAGGAACGUCUACGACUCAGCGACAGAAAUUCCAUACUGAUGAUGCAAAUCAAUGUUUACAUAAUAAAUCCGAUAGUCAUGGAGUUCAAAUAUAAAUUUGUCUAUUUUUAUGUGUCUUCUGAUCGAUUUUGGUAAAGUAUGGUGCUCGUCUGCCAACGAGCUCCAGCAAAACUCAAAUGCUUCUUCUAGAGAAGACUAUAUUCCACAAAUAUUGACUGUUUUGUCAGAGAUUCUUCGCGUUUUACAUUUGACCUUUGUGGCCUUUUGUCUUUUGUCAGUCAUUCGUAAAUAAUAGCUAAAACAAUGUAAUUACUCUGUCGACCAAUCAGCACUUCUGACUGGAUUCCGGACAGAUUUUACGUCAUCAGUAUGGAAUUUCUGUUGCUGAAUUGCAGACGUUCCUCCGCGCGAAACGUCCCCAGCGGCGAAGAGCAAGGAGAAACGGAUGUUUUCGCAGGCCACAAGUGCUGCCUAAGAAAAUUUUUUGGGAGCCCUUUUUGCCGCAUUUCUAGGAGCCCAGUUUAAAAAAAAAAAGUGACUUUAUUAAAUAUGUCAAACUUCUAGCACACAACAACUGGUGCACUAAUUGGUUGAUUGAUAUAGUCGACGAUAUAGGCGAAAUGGACUAGAGGAACGUUGUUCUAUUUUAAAGUGGUCACCAUUAAAGAAUCGAAGACAGUAUUUUUCUCUGAUUGAGUGUUAUAAAUGUACAUUUUCUUUAAGUAAUCUAGAAUUUCAAGACUUCUUCCAGUUAGCGUCGAAACGAACAAGAAGUAAUCGUAAUUACAAGUUGAAGUUUCAAACAUCUAGUUGGAAGGGAGUUGUCAGAAAUUAGCAGGGCGGAGCGGGGGUGGGAAUUUUAAAUUUGGGUUUGGAAAUGAGGUGACCCAUCCCUGCAAUGGGAGUGAAAUUUUCUAACCCUCCCCUUGACCUUGGCUUAAAAUAUCAUGACCCUCCCCCUCUUGUAUAAAUGAUAAAAUCUAGUUCUUGCAAUACACUCGGGUGAGUCAGUAUUAUGAAAGCUCAAAAUAUAUUUCUAAUCUGUUCAUUGUAAUGCCAUAUACAUACAUACUAGGUGACAUCAUUAGGAGUCCGACUCUGAUUCUGACAGCUGAUCACUCGACUCUCCUAUUUUUCUCAGGAUUUUUUUUACAAAAUAAAGAACUUCUUUUUUCUUCUGUGGGUGAACCUCUACAUGAUCAUGGACACAUAUUUGCAUGACUCUCCCCCUUUUAACGGCCCAUUUUUCAUGACCGCUCCCUUUUCUGCAGUCUCAAAAAGUUGUGACCCUCCCUCUGUUUCCCCCCCCCCCCCCUGCUAAUUUCUGACACGUCCCUAAUUGUUACAAAUAUUCAUUUUUUGUGAGAAUUGUAAAAGAAUGGAACGAUUUACCCGAGUGGGUUGUCAAGGCGGGAAAUCGUGCAUGUUUUAAGUGUUCUUUAGGAUCAUUUUUAUAUAUCUCGUAGUAUUUUCAUUUUAUUCCUUACUGGCUUUUUUUUAGCUACCUUUUUGGAUGUACAUUUUUAACAUUACAUUCUAAUAUUAAAUGCUUUGAAUAAACACAUGUAUGUAUGUAUAAGCUUAAAAUUCAUCAUUUAUCCAACUCUGGGGCACAAAUAUUAGCAUAGUAAAGGGUCAACUAACAUUCAAGGGCCAAUGUCCUUUUUUCUGUACUUUAGAGGUCUUUUACUUCAUUGUAUUCCUCAAGAACAGAACCCUGUAUCUAAACCUAGUUUAGUUAGUUCCCCAGAAUGGCCCUUAUGCGACAUCCCUACUUUCUGAGAUGAACAGAUUAAUCUCUCUGUUACUAUUGACUGCAGGAAUAAGUAGUGAGUUUUGUUAAAUUGUGUCUUACUUGAAUUACACCACAGGUCGAGAAAACUUUGAGAACUCUCAAGGCAAACAGCUCAAAAUUGCACAGAAGCGUGUGGCACAGUGGGAAGCUGCAGUAAAAGUAGCUGAAAAAGCAAAACCAAUGAACAGACAUGAACGGCAACUAUGUUAUACAUUCAAGUACUAUGACAAGAAUGAAGCAAAACGAACGGAACCUUUGAAAUUGAAAAAGUUGAAUGGUUUGAGUGUUAUGUCUGUGGCUCAACAAAUGAAUGGGGUAGCUGAAAAUCAUGAAAAUAAAACAAGUGGUGUCUGCAAUGUUGAAAGUGUGGUUUCGGAAGUCAAAGCUGUAAAUGGAGUUGGGGUUGCCAAGAGCAGUGUGAAAACUGACCAGCGGAAAACUACUAAUGAGAAGACACAGAGGAAAAGGAAACUAAGUUCUAUAGCGGGGACUUCGAAGUUGUUCCCGAAUCAUGUAGAAGCUUCUAAGGCUUCAGAACCUCCAAAGAAAAGGAAAAAACAAACUGCCAAAAAGCAAAGUAGUGAGGUUGACCCUGUUGAGUCAACUCUGGAGGUUACCAGUGACAGAUUUGACAUACCAAUCAACCUAAACAUGGAAGACAAAAUGGAUUUUAACUCAGACUUGCAUGGCAAGUGUAAUGGCGUUUGUAGUAAAGCUAGUUCAACUCCUCCUAGAUUAAAUGGUGAUAUUUCUGCUUAUGGAGCAAACAUGGAGGUUUCACCCAAUACUGCUUUGAAGUUAAAGAUCAGAAAAAUCACACCAGAGCAAACCCAAAAAGAAGGAAAGCGAAAGAGAGGACGGCCUCGUAAGCCGCAUUUUGUUAUUGUCAGUGAGAGUGAGAGCAGUAUGGAAGUUGAAAGUUUGUCUGAAUCACCGGACAAAGUUAAAAGUACCGGUAAGCAGAGUUCUUCUAGUGGCAAGGACUCCAUGCUAGACUCUGAUGAGUUAAGAAAUGGUGAAUCGAUAUUGACGAAGAAACGCAUCCGUAAACCCUCCAGCAAAGUAUUGAGUGCACAAGAAGUGGCAAUAUUGAUGAAAAAAGAUUCAACAGCUGUGAAGGAAAAGAAGAAAGCUAGUCGCAAUAGCAAAAAAGUAAAAGAUGAGGAUGAUGUUGAAGCAAAAACUAAAAAGGUGAAAAAGGCAGAAAGUGCUGAGGUUAAAAGUAAAAAAGAAGCACAAAUGGAAGUUGUUGAUCCAAAAAACAACAAGUUGGAAAAAAUAGAAAAUGUUGAGCCAAAAUGUAAAAAGAUAAAAGUUGAGGAGAGAAACAGUGAACCUUCUGAACUGAGUAGUACUGUUGAAAUUGAAGGAAGUGUGACUUCCUCGAGUGACGAUACAGGCAGUAUAAAGAAUGGUACAGUGGCCAAAAGGGAAAAAGAUGCUGUUUGUGUUGUUUGUGAGCAGCAAGAAAACCUAACUCACUGUGAGGGAAUCUGUGGAAAUGCUUUUCAUUUGGAUUGCAUCGGGCUUUCUGUUGUUCCUAAAGGGAAGUUUAUAUGUGAUGAAUGUGUAACUGGCAAUCACUGUUGCUUUGUCUGUCGACAGACUGGGAAUGUUAAGCAAUGCUGUCAACCACUUUGUACUAAAUUUUAUCACGAUGAAUGUUUGAGAAUUUUUAAGACUGCUAAAUUUGAUGGUGAUCGCUUUUUCUGCCCACUUCAUUUCUGUGGUACAUGCGUUUCUAACAAGUCUGCUGUCACUAGAAAACGAAUGAUCCGUUGUGUACGUUGCCCAACAGCCUAUCACGUCUCAGGUUGCCUUGUUGCAGGAUGUAUUCCUGUAAGUUCGCAGCUGAUGGUUUGUGCAAAGCACUUUUUACGUGAGAAAAACAAGGCUCACCAUACUCAUGUCAACGUAAACUGGUGUUUUGUGUGUUCCAUUGGUGGUACACUGAUUUGUUGCGAGAGCUGCCCUGCUGCAUUUCAUCCUGAAUGCAUCAGUUAUGAGGGGAUUCCUGAAGGACAUUUCUUUUGUAAAGACUGCACUGAAGGCAAGCAGCUUCUUUAUGGAGACAUUGUCUGGGUUAAACUAGGAAUGUACAGGUAAUAACAGUGAAUUAUAUAAUGUUCAAAGAACUGUGUAUGCUUCGAUUGGUCAGAACUAUUCAACUUUCCAUAAAGUACAGUAAACACCCGCUAAUAAGAACGUACCUUUUUUAAAGUGUGGCAAAGUAGGUCCUUUUAUUUUGGAGUACUUAUUGGCAAUUUAGGCUAAGUAGUGUCUUAAUUUUUAAGGAGAUACAGUCGAGUCCCGGUAACUCAAACCCUCUAUAACUCAAACCUCCCGCUAAGUCGAAGCAAUUUACAUUUCUCUUCGGAUCAUUUUCUGUGUAAUUUUACCCUCGAUAACUCGAACUUCCAAUAACUUGAACUUUUUUCUGUUUCCCAUAAAGGUUCGAAUUAUCAGGAGUCAACUGUAAUAGAUUGAUUAUCAGAAAAAUAAAUGAACUUUUCAUUUAUUCACAAUUGUAUUAUUAUAGCCCUGACAAAACUGAUCAUUGAAUUUGUAUACAGUUAAGCACAGUAUGUUCUUGUUAUACUUAAAUUUACAACUCAAAGUUAAAUUUUUUAUGAUAAUUUAACUGUAAUCCACGUACAAGAACCUGCUUGAUGUUGCUUGGCUAAAUGUGUUGUUAUAUUUUUGGGUAUUAAAGUGCCGAAUUUGUGCCAGGAGGUUCUUAAUCCACAGGUUCUUAUUAGCGGGUGUUUAUUGUAUGCACAGCAUCAUGGGUGCUACAGUCAUAUGGACAUAUUAUAAGCAUGCAUCCUAUGUCACAAAUUCAGUAAGCUCAAUUUAUGGGAUGUUUUAUGAAAGAAAUAGAAAAAUGAUAAUUUUGUUGCACCUGCAUUGUUGAGUUACAGUGUAUAGGCGAAUCUUUGCUGACGUCAUUGUUUACAUUUUUCCUCAUUAGCAUACGACUUAACUCACAGAAGCCGUGGCCGUAUAUAUGAAAUAAAUGCGAAAGUCGAAAGAGCUGAUAAAGUUGGGCAAUUUGUGCAAUUUUCAGCUCUUUGCGAGCAAUAUUGAACGAAAUAUCAGCCAUCAAAAACUGCGAAAUUGCUGUGUGGCAAAAAAGUUAAUUAGCCAUACAUUUUCUUUAAAAUUUCGAGUUUUUAGAAGAUAAUUUCUCCGAAACCAUUCGGUGUAUUGGGCUCAAAUUUUCAGGCAUAACUGAAACUAUUAUGCCCUUUCAAUAUUCAGAGUUUUGAUUUUAUUAGCGUCAUCAGACAGUGAUAAGCAUAUGUUAAUGAGGCAAAAAGUGUAAACAAAGAUUCGCCUAUAAGCUCUUGGAAUUGUGAAAAGAAGUACGAGAAGCACUUUGUAUUUGUGCUACACAAUUUCCAUGUGCAUAUAUAUUGAAAUCUCUCUGUAAUAUCAUUGUCAUAUGUGACAAUUAAGAUAGUUCUAAAUAUUUAAUUGCAAAGACAAUGACUGUCUGGUUGUUUUAGCCCUGUGGUUAUUCCAGACAUCCAGAACUUUGAUUAUGCAGUAGUUGUACUUAGUUCCAUUGUAAAGUUGUGUUGCUGGACUACAACAAUGAUUGUUGUUGUUGCUGUAAAGAGAGAAAGGAGUAAUUUAAAACAAAAGCUGUAAAUGGUCAAUUUGGGGAAGAUUUCGAAAAUUUUAAUAAGUAUUCUGUAAAAUGAUUCUUCCGGUUAGUUUUUCAAAGUUUUUUUUUUGGUUUGUAAAUUUGAGUUAUAACUUUCUGGGGACUUAAACCAUUUUACUUGAUUUGGUUUGUCCAAAUUCAGCACAAAUGUCCCUUAAAGUGUAUCAGAAAAAUACUUGCAAUUACUGUAUUAACUUGACUGCUGACCUUGUUUAAACACUGCAGAUUGAAGCAAACUUAUCAAUGAACACCACCCUCAAAUAAACAGAGUGUGGGGUUUAUUUGAUGGUAAUAAGAAAAAUGUCGGUAAAACUUGGUAUUAUACAACAUCCAGACAAUUAAGAGUCUAUCUAAUAUAUAAAGCAAGGUAUUGGAACUUUAAACAACUUCCUGUUGUACCUAACAUUUGCAAAUGAUUGAUCAUAAUUAUUGUCAGUGGUUAAUAAAUGUGAUUUCAAAAGAAUGUGUCACGAUGAAUCAAAAAUUCGUAAAAAAUUUAUUAACACCCCAGUUUUUAAUCAAAGAAAUAUGACAACUACUGUUAACUUCUAUGCUGUCUAAUUCUCUAGCUAUUUUCAUUAAGAGUUGUUUUAUGCAUAUCUGUAGAUGGUGGCCAGCACAGAUCUGUAAUCCACGCGAUGUCCCAACAAACAUUCAAAACAUGCGUCAUCAACCUGGCGAGUUUCCUGUUCAGUUUCUUGGAUCACAUGAUUAUUACUGGAUUCACAGAGGUCGCGUGUUUAGCUAUCAGGAAGGUGACAAAGGAUCUACAGACUCUGGUACCAACAAGAAUCUGGCCAAAAUUUUCAAAAAAGGUGAGUGUACUGGUGAAAAAAAUUUUUUUUGAUGUACAACUGUACAAGACUUGACAAUCACAUAGCACCAUACCCUCGACACAUAAUACUUGUCUGUUGAUCUCAAGCAUUUGAAAUCAACAACCACAAGUCAGGUUAGGACUCUCAAAUGGAUUUUCAUAAAAAUACUGUAGUUGCCAUCAAGAACAAAAGUCCAUUAUUAAUCGGAAUAUGUUCAUAGUUUAUUUGGAAUGUGUGUUAAAAGUUAUAAAUUAGUUGAAGGCUAAAAGUGGCAUAAAUUACAGAAGUAAAAUAGUUAGAGAUAUUUUUCUGGCAAGGAAGCAGGAAGCUCAAAUUGAAACUAUAGGGGCUUAUUACUUACUUACCAUCCCCUUUUUCAGCACUUGUUGAAGCGAAAGAGAAGUACAGUGAGUGGAGAAUAGAACAAGAAAACAAAGCAGAGCAAGAUCUUCAGAAGAUGUCCAAAAAACCAGCUCCAUAUAAACACAUCAGGGUUAGUUUAAGUUACUGUAUGUUAUUUUCCAUCUUGCAGUGCGACUACUGUAACCCGGGCCACCUAGAUAAAAUUGACCAAUCAGAUUACAGGAAAACAACAAUACAUUCCAAGAAAGUUAGUUGUCAAUCAUAAUUACCAUGAAACAAAAUAAACUAGUUACAUGGAUUAACACCAACCAAUUACAACCUACAGAGGUGACCUUUUGAAUCCGCUGAAGAAAGCCUGUUGUUUCCUGAGAAGUGGGUUUGACCGAAUGGCGGAGGCAAAUGUUUAUUAUAUUUUUAACUGUGGCAAUGGUAGGGAAGAAAUUGCUGGUAGAUGACCAAAUAUUAUAAGAGCUAAUUGUGCCUCUUUGUGUUUACAUGUGUAUGUAAGUUUCAAAUAGAAAAACAUUUUCUCAGUCUGGUGAAACAAUUUGCUUUCUUGAAAAACGUUUGCUAUCAAUAUUUAAAAUUUGUGCUUCGAGUAACUUAUUGUUUUCUUACAAGCUGCUGAUUGGCCCACAACCAACUUUCUUGAAAUGUAUCAUUAUUUUCCUGUAAUCCAAUUGUUCAACUUUGUCUAUGUGGCCCCAGUUACAGUGGUCACACUGUAAGUUUAAAACCUUAACGUCUGCCUUAUGACUUCAGGAAGGUGGCACCUUUUCAGGCUAAUUUGGAAAUCUGUAGGUUUCUACAUGCAGGGUUUAACUGUACAUUUGAAAAUCAAACCGGGAGUAUUCCAAUUCAAUCAGGUAGUAUUGUAAACUCUGACUGAGUAAAUCUUACUUUUGCCACUCCAAGUCUAACAGUUAGAUUUCAUGGAGCUUUCUGUUUCAUGUGGUAAAACGUCCCUGAGGAUUGGUGAUAAUAAAUCAACCUGAAAAAAGGACAAGAAAUUGCAUUUCAUUAAUAAACUCUGAACCCUGAUUAAAUGCAGGGAGCAUUAUUUUAAUCAAGUAAUGUUUUGAAUCAAAAUGUUAACAGGACAAAACAAGCAAGGUUAGCAACAUUUGCUUUAAGUUUGAUGGACAAUUUACUGUAUAGUAUAAAUUCCACACAAUCAAAAUAAUGACAGCUGCAAUUCAUCAUUAGCACACCAUACAGAUCAAAUUUCUUGCCUAUUUUUGACUCCUUCAUCAGUUGCUGAAAAAACUGGUCGUUGUCAAGAGGUUUAUUUGCAGGUUGGGGACACGCUUUAGUGGCCCUUACUGUUGUAGUGAGGUUUAAACAAAAGACAAUGUAAGGGCUGUCUGCCAGGACUAAAAAAUAUGGCCGUUGUAGAGAGGUGUCUGUUUGUGGAGGUUCAACUGUAUUAAUUUUCCCCUCCUGCGAACCAUUACCUGCAGUUCCCAUUGCAGAGUUUAUGCAACCUCAGGAGGAAAAGCAAACGUUAGGAAAUGUAUUGUAGAGGGCUUCAAGUAAAUACCACAUCCCUUCAUUCAAUUCAUUCUUUUGCCUACUUUCAGUCGUUCGACUUACAUACAUAUGCAAACAACAAAAUCAUUCAUUCAUUGCUGCACACACAUUCUCCUUGCCUUGAAGCUUUCAACAUGUUUCCACAAUUUCUGAAAUAAAAUCUAAAAUAUUAUUUUAUAUUAGUUGAGAUGCUAACUAGAUUAAUCUUUUAUUAUCCAUGACCAAUUUAUAGUUUUAAAUUAUUUAUAUUUUUUAAUGUAUUGGUUGAUUGGGCUAAGAUGCUCUUCGAAAGUACUUAUUAAUAUUAUGUAUAGGUUUCAAGGCUGUGCUCUAGCAGAGCACGGUGGCCCAUGGCGCCUAACUUUUGUUCUCGGGUGACUAGAAAAUCUUUGCUUUUUUAUAGAAAUCAUAUGCUGGGCACACUGGAUUUCACAAGUUCAGAGCCCUGGGCUCCCUUUAAUUUUUCUUAGAGCACAGCCUUGGGUUUUGAUAUGGAAAAGACUGAUCUUAGUAAUUAAUAAACUUGUUGCUGCCUGAUGUUUGGCCUCUGAAAAUUAGUAGGGAGUUUAGGCAACAACAACGGCGACAGCUAUGAAAGCAUGACUUAAAAAGUGAAUUCACACUGCUUCAAAUUUUAUCGCACUUAUUCCAUCUUGUUUACUUCGUCAAAUGUUGGCAAUUGUUUCUGGAGUUGAAUUCUAAAGGACUGUAUCAAAGUUCAGGAAAAGAAAAAGACAGUUGUUGUCUUGUGUUCCUGUCCUUGACAAAACGCGAAUUUGGGCACUUUCACAUUGUAGUCGUGCAACAACAGCAAAUAAAUGUACAAAAAAGCAUGAUGCACGUGCAAAGUUGUGUUGUUAAUCAAACCUAUUGCUUUUUUCUGUCGCCGUCAUCAUUGCUUAAGCUCAUGCACUGUUAUAACUUAAAUUUCUCGUUGCCACUUACAGUGAAACCUGUAUUAAGCGGACACCCUCGGGGAAUGCUGUGGUGUCCGCUUAAUACAGGUUUCGAUAUAUAACGUCAUAUGAGGUGUCAAAUGCCAUUCAAAUGAACAGUGGAAGCGUUUAUAAUACUCCCAGAGACUAUGAGGAUAGACGUUUGCAUUAAUUUCUUUAUCAAAGUGAACCAAUUGAUCAUAGUACGAUAAACAUGGAUUGCAACUCAAAUUUGAAGAAAUCAGAUGAGUGAAACAAGCUCUAUACAAACAAAACGAAAUAGAAAACAAUCCUGUACUGUGGAACUAAUCAAAUAAGUUCAUCAAGUCACGUUUUUUAAUGUAAAAAUCGAAAAAUUUGUGGGUGGCAAUUAGAGGCAAUCUUUCGCAUUUCCGGUGUCUGGCAUGUUGGGUGAUGGAAUUUAAUUACAAGUGUCCGUUUAAUACAGGUUGGCAACAAUAUAAAUGGCCCUUUUUAGGUACUUUUUAGGUGUCCGUGUCCGCUUAAUAGAGGUGUCCGCUUAAUAAAGGUUUCAUUUAAAGUAAAUAAGGGAAAUAAAUUUGGGGACUUCGGCUACUGUCCGCUUAAUAGAGGGUGUCCGCUUAAUACAGGUUUCACUGUAUAUAAAUUGUCCACCUUAGUCUCCAUACAUUUCCUCAAAGAAUUUGCUGAGAGAAUUUGAUAACAGAGCAAAGCGUUUUUCCUGUGCACUUCAUUUUAUUAAGUGGUGUGUCUAUCAAAAAGAAAGUUAACUAUAUUCUAAAUAAUUUUUGUUAAGAUUUGACAUAAUAUCAGAUACAAAACACCAACUAUUGAAGGUUAUAUGUUAUACUUUACACAUAGGCUUUUUUGUUGCAACUUCUCUGCAGUUAUGACAAUUCUCAUUCUCAUGUCAGGUAAACAAGUGCACGACAGCCGUACGCAUUCUGAUUGAUCCUUCAGAACUGCCUGUCUGUGACUGCACCGCAGAUAGUGAGAAUUCUUGUGGUGCGGACUGCAACUGCCUGAAUCGCAUGCUUCAGUUUGAGUGCAAUCCUCAAACAUGCCCAUCAAAGGAAAACUGUCAUAAUCAAAGAUUUCAAAAAAGGCAGUAUGUGGAUUGUGAAGCAUUUAGAACAUUGCACCGCGGAUGGGGAUUAAGAUGCAAACAGGGUGAGUGGUCUCUGUGAUUGUAACUGUAAUGAUACAAACUCUUCAGUUUUCUUGUGACUGAAUUGCUGGGCAUAGCCUCUCAAGAUUUUUUCUAAAACAAUUAACCCUUUAAACCCCAAUAUCCACAAACAAAUUCUCCAAACUGAUCUCUAUACAUUUCCUUACAGAAUUAGAUGGGAGAAAUUGAUAAAAGAUCAGAGAUUUUUCUCUUUGUGAUCAUUUGAUUAAUUCUCAUAGAUGUUGCACUUUACAAUCUAUGGAUAUUGUUAGGAGAAAAUUGAUGUUGGUCACUAUUGGGACGUAAAGGGUUGAUGGCAGUUGCUGAAAGGAGCUGUGUCACAAAUUUUAUCAAAAUUCUAACCACAGGAACUGUAAAUAAAACUCUGUUAGUUCCUGAUAACCUUGUUACCACAAGUCAUAUUUAUUCGUCUGUUAAUAGUGCACUGGACAAAAUUGUUCUGGAUUAACUUUUUACUAUACAAGAAUAAAACAAGCAAAGGAACCUCGAUUAUACUUUUGAACUUUAUUAAAUUCCACACAUGGAAAAAUAUUUUCAUGUUGAUCACGCAAGGAGGAAUUGUAUUAAGGUGUAUACAAACUUGUUCCCUGCUAGCAGAGGUCUCUCACGACGAGGCAAAAAUGAGAGAAAGGAGAGAGACCUCUGCCGGCUUCCGACGUGUUUCCUAUCACGCAUGCGCUGGCGUUUCCUUAACAACCAGUGAUGUUUUUCUCACGUGCGACACAACCCACAGAACCGGUUUGCGUGCGAAACUUCAGCUGAAGGCGGGGGUAUAUGUUGUGGAGAAUUCUUCGCAAUGUGAAACGAUGCCGAGAACUCCACAAUCUCGCAAAUUUGGGGAAAGCGCGUCACCUCGGACGCCCAUUAAACCAGUUGGGUCUGGAAAAGACGUUAGAUGCCUUUUGUGUGGUUUAGAUUUUAAAGGUGAAAGGUGUUGACAGGCCAAACACGACUCAUAAGCUCGUGAUAGUGUGAUACGUGACCUUAUAGUUUUGUUCUAACAAGGAUAUCUCCCAGCCAUUUUGCUCUUUUAUAUGAAAUGAUCGGAGGCUUGUUGUAUAUUUCUCUCAGUAGUGGUUGAUCUUGAAUUAAGUGCCAUUUGCUCAUUAAAAUGUUUUUAAGGUUCGGCAAAGCAGGGUGGUAUGUGGUAACGAAAGGCAGAAUUUUCUUUCGCACUUCAUUGUUCCUUUGUAAAGCUGACUUCCGUUCGGUAAAUUUAACCUCAGAGGUGAUUUUUUCUAUGAGAUUGUGAGGGUAACCUCCAGCGCAAAGGCGUUUUUUGAAGUUGUAGAUGUUCUCAUAGAAGGAUUUAGCUGAAGAGUUCAAAGGAGAGACAACUAAAACCACUGGUUCUGUAGAGAAGAGAUCCUUGUAAUUGUAAACAACAGAUAACUCGGCCGCCACUCGUACUGCUAGUUGGUAAAUUAAAAAUUUGCCGUAGCCCGUCGGGAGACACGCAAACGUAUCGCGUCCUUUGAGGAAACCAAGUAAGACUUUUCUUUGUAGGGAAGUUAUUUCUUUUAUACAUACGUUUGUCGCCAAGCUUAGAAACGGAUGAUCUUAUGGCUUGAUCAAAGUGAGAAAUUUCGAAACUCGCGGAUCUCAUGGAAGCCAUAAUUCACUGUGGGCUCAAUAAUUGUCAGCGUACAGUUUAACAAGGCACGCGCAUUACACAUUAAACGUAACCGGUUUUAAAAACCGGUAAGAUUCGACCAGAAAUCUGGUCGGCGGCUUCAUCAAACAACGUGUCGAAAGCUGGCAGAGGUCUCUCUCCUUUCUCUCAUUUUUGCCUCGUCGUGAGAGACCUCUGCUAGCAGGGAAACAAACUUGGUAACAUAAUCACAAAGGCACGCAAAAUCACACAAUUUCUCUCACUGAAAACAAAGUGUUAUUGUGUGAAGAAUAUGUCGUGUUCAUGUUUUGCUGGACCAUUAUUUCUGGGUUCUUCUCCCAGGAGCAUAACAACACUUCGUUUUCAGCAUGCUCAGUGAAAAGCGUGAUUUGUUUUUCUUAGAAAUGAUGUGAUUUUGCCUACCUCUUUGAUUUCAUUACCAAGUUUGGAUAUGACGUAAUGCAAGUCCUCCUUACGUGAUAACCAUGAAAAUAUUUUUCCAUGUGUGGAAUUUAAUAAAGUUUAAAGGACAAGAAUAUCAUUAAGGUUCCUUGACUUGUUUUAUUUUUGUAUAGUGAAACAUCAAUCCAGAAUAGUUUUGUCCAGUGUACUAAUAACACUCAUAAACCCUCUGUUUACCUAUUUCAGAUGUCAAGAAAGGUCAGUUUGUUAUCGAGUAUGUAGGAGAACUUAUUGAUGAAGCCACUUGCCAAGAACGUGUGCGAAAAGGUGAAGACGUGACCAACUAUUACAUGUUGACAAUAGAUAAAGAUUGUAUCAUAGACGCUGGUCCAAUGGGCAAUCUCUCACGGUUUAUGAACCAUAGUUGUGAUCCCAAUUGUGAGACCCAGAAGUGGACUGUUAAUGGAGAAGUCAGGGUUGGACUGUUUGCUUCACGAGACAUCAAGGAUGGAGAGGAACUGACUUUUGACUAUCAGCUGGAUUGUUUAGGUGAGUAAAGGUAACAUGGGUUCCUUUUGUUGAAAUACAGCAAGACCCUGUUAAUACAACCGCAGCUGAGCUGUUCAUGUGAUGAGGGAAAAAAAUAAUUGUGACUAGUUAUCAAUUUGCUAAGUAUUUCAGACACAGUGGAAGUUCUCUCAAUGGACAGCUCUACAUGUUCGUAUGGCCACCUUCACAAAACCCUGUUUCAACCCUCAUACAAAUUCUGUAUUUUUACAUUCCUGUAAGUUGCCCCAGACACUUUUGGGGUUUACCAGUUAGGCUCCUGUUACCCUGGGUACCAGGUCUUUUUCUCACGUGCAGCAGGAUGCUUCGGUGUCGGUCACAGGUUGAAGUCACGAGCGGUAAAGCCACGAGAAAAAACCUCUGGUAUGGAGUGAUGCCGUUCACUGUCACUGCUGAAGUUGAAGCUUUUUUAUUGGAUUACAUUUGAACCAGUGAGAUCAGACAUCUCCAACUCUGAUCAUAUGGACUGGCACAUGAAGUAACGCUGCAAAUGAGUUUUCAAUAUCAGGCAAACAAAGGAGAAAUAAUUUUGACAACUCUCAAUGUAAUAUAAUUUGCAACCUUGUAAGUUUACAUUACUAGCAUAAACAACAAAGUCUUUAGCGCCUCAUUUCAGAGUAAGGCCAUCAGCCAGACAAACAAAAAUCACUGGAAUACCUUUGGGAUACUCGCUGAUCCCACUUGAUUAAAUGACACACAUAGUCCAGCAAUAUUCAGCAGGAGAACUCUAACAACAACGAUAUUCCAUUCCCAGUCUACAAGGUCACCAGAACAUCCAUAAAAUAAAACAUGUCAGUUGUUUGCCUUGCGCUUCAUUCAAUCACUACUCCGCUCCAUUGCCCAUUGUCUUUUGCUGGUUCUUUCCGUCAUUACUGUUUCCAAACUUUCAGCAUUGCAAGACCAGAGUACAUUGUUUUCCUAACAUAAACAACACUGUAUCUUUCAUUUGGUGUCCCAUUCUUGUCAACCAAUUGUAGCAUUUGUUAGAUUCAAAGUCCCUUUGGUGUUUGUUAGGAGGCAAUCAGCUGUCAGGUCCAAAACCUGGACCAAACCGAGAGACUUGACCGCAAUCGGAAACGGUGCAUGAAAAGUCUCUGGUCUCUGAAUGAUACUGCACAGUGACACUGACCUACUUAGUCUCAAAUUGUGUAAAUUGUGUGAACUGCUGCAAAUGACCAGUAAGCUUAGACCUGUCAUUAGCAGUGGGCAACUGCCUUUUAUAACCUGCUGGCCUACAGCAGUGAAAUUAAUGGUCAGAUGCCACAAUGUCUGUACAGGAGUGUAUCCAGUAAUUGAACAAACAGCUAACAGGAGGAUUUUUUUUUCAAUGUGUCUGAAUAUUUUAUCAGGAAAUGAGAAGAAGAAAUGCCACUGUGGAGCUAAAAACUGCAGCAGUUUUCUUGGAGUGAGACCGAAGAACCAGGUCCAAGAGGAAAAAUCUAAAAAACCAGUAGAUAAAAGAAAGAAGAAACGAAUCAAGAAAACUGUUGUCAAAGAAGGUAAAUGGAUGUUUCUUUUGCAUGUGGGGACGGUUUUACUGAAAGUCAUCAGUGAGCUUAUGCAAUGGGACAGCAGAAAGACAAGGGGCGCGAUCCAUUCAACCAAAAUUCAGACCGGUCCGACCAGGAAAAGAGGACCACCUCAAAAGGUUUUUUCAAAACUUUUCCGGUUGGACCGAACUGAUCCAUUGAGUUUUGGACUGAAAUUUUCGGAAAUUUUGGUUGAAUGGAUUGCGCCCAAGGACGGCGAAACACUUGUGCAUGACAAACUAUUAGGGCUAUUAUUUGCAAGUUUUUUUGUGAUCUUCAGUUAACAUUAUUGUGUUCUGGUCUUUUGCAAAUAGGUUUGUCAAAAGGAAGGUAAAGUUUUGUGGAAAAUUUUUUUUUGAAUAUUAUUAUUCUCACACUUUUUACACAAGGUUUGCAGUCGUCUUUCCUCUGCUGUCCUUUUGUGUAAGUUCACUAAUUUGACAAUAUCCUCAGAAAAUGUUGAGUGCAAUAAUGUAAUAAAAACGCGCUUUUUUAACAAAAUGUGCUCAAGCUUCAAUAUUGAAAAUGCAACAUUUUCAUUUUACCAUAUAAUAAUUCAGUAUUAAAUCCUUUAUUCUGCUUUAAAGACCAAAAGCAAUGAGUUAAGCAGCUCAAACUUAACAAUAAGCUGUGACUUUCAGUUUAAAAUUAUUGUAAGUAAUGGUUAUUUCUCUUUAAACUGUAAUUGCCUAAAUACGAUUGCCUAACACUGUGCUGUAUAAAGCUACGCUUUUCAAAGUUGCUUCUUUAGUGAUAAAAGCUAAAACAAGUGUACAUUACUGAAGCAAACAUUUCCGUUUGGCCUCAGAUCUGCCAGUGUCAUCUGAACAUCGCAAGCGUCCCCCUCCUCUGCCAGCUGUUCAACAUGAAGUCUUUAAUGAGCAUGGCACCAGUUGUAACACCACUGACCAGGCAAUAAAGCUCACAGGCACCUCUCCUCUCAAUAGCGCAUUGCCAUGGACAUAUAGCCCUCUGCAACCAGGGUUGUCCUUAAGUAAUAAUGUCUAAACAAGGUGUGAUAUGUAUGUUUUAAAUUUCAUUCCUAAAGAAACUAAAUGAAUAAACUAGAUGGCCAAAUUAAGUGUAAAUUUAAUUGUAAAAUAUUUUACCUGACUGAAGUGCUGUCGCACAUUGUUAAAAAAAAAAAAUUAUUCUGUACAUUCAAUCCUUAAUAAUGUAGUGGUAAUGAUAAAAUGAAACAUAAUAGGCGAUACGUAAAGAAGAAUUGUUAUUAAUUGUUAGAGGAUGUCACAUACUUAAGAACCCAUAAUAAAAAUCACCCCGUGUCUUCCCAUACCUUUACUACCAUUACCUUGUGCGCUUGCGAAUAUUUGAGCUAUUAUUUGUUUUAAAUAUUCACAUAUUUUAAAUGAUUUUCGUAUAGAAUAGAAUAUUGAUUUGAUUUGAUAUAGCAUUACUUAUUGUAGUAUAUUUAUUCUAUUUUUUCUUUAUUGGCCUUGGUGUAAGCCAGUACUUAGGAAUAAAGUCUUUAUUAUAUACGGUAGUCUAAGAAAUCUCAAUUACUCAAGACUUAAAAUACAAGUUUCACUUUACUUUAAUUCAAUUAUAAUAAAUCUAAGAUCUGAUGCAAUGCUUAGCUCAUUACAAGUAAAGGUAGUUCAUGAUAGUUAAUGAUGCGCUUUUGAUAGACGUAUUCAAAUUGGGUUCUGUACUGAUACAGGACUCCGCACCAUUAGACUGAUAGUUUGAUACAAAAUACAUGUAACUAAAAAGUUAUAGGGCUUUUACCCAUAUGUCAGUCACAAGAAAUGCAAUCUAAGUCGGUUCGUAUUCUCAUUUCAGUCCAUGAAGACGAUUGCUUUAUUUGUGGUGAUGGUGGCGAGCUUCUGAUGUGUGACAAGGGAGGCUGUUCAAAGUGCUACCACAAGGGUUGUCUUGGUGGUGAUGUUAAUGUUCGUGGCAAGUGGAUCUGCCCUUGGCAUUUCUGUGAUGAAUGCGGCAAAUGGGCGAAUGUUCUGUGUUCAGAAUGCCCAAACUCUUACUGCAGGGGUCAUUCCUCUGGUCAAAUUACCGACGUAGGAAAUGGAAUCCUGCUCUGCUCUGAUCACAUUUUGACGAGGACCAAAACAUCACAAAAUCAGCCCGUCGAAGAGGAAAAGAUUAAUGGAGAAGUGAGCAGGACAGAUACACUUGAUUAAAACAUCAAUCAAUAUUUAGAAGUUGUUUUAUAAUUUUUGCACAUUAGACAUUUAGUUUGUACAAGAGGCUUCCUCGAUUGCUAUCUUUUAUCUUUCUACAAAAUCUGGGAUGAUUUAAAUCACUGGAAACUUAACUGUAUUAGAUGUUUUCUUUAGUCCAUAUAUUUCAUUUUGAUCUGCCCAUUGAUAAGUUUUUUUCGGAACAAAGUAAGGUAUUAAUGGCCCUGGAAAGGGCGUUCUCCUGGGAUGGCAUUAAAAUGAUUGGCCACCUUCUAUUUCUGUAACUGUUGUUACAUAUUAAAAACAUGAGCUGAAAACUAGUACACAUUGACCUGACCUUAACUUUAAGUUAAUCUGGGUUUAAAUUGAUAGUAAACUUCCUUUAGCUUUUUGAACUACUCUAGAUUUUAAAGGUAUGUAAUGGAAAAAUUCUUCUGAGGUUGUGUAUGGUCAUAAACUGACCAUAUGUAAAACUUUUUUCUGGUCUUAGCAGAUUUUAUAGGUUUCCUGUUUUGCAACUGCGAUAGUGAUGCAAAUCAUUGUUCAGCCGGUGAUAAAAACUGAUUCUUGAAUAGUUAGCACAGAAACUACAAUAUUAGUAUUAUUAUUUCAAAACCAGUCAAAUACUCUUAACUGCAAGCAAAGUGCAGUUCAGCCAGCAGUACUUUAGAAAGUGGUAUGUGUCACUGGUCAGCAUUAAACUUAAAGCAAUCACGGAGUUUAAACCCACACUUAGUUCAUAACUCUUGUAGUAGCUUGUAUUUCAUUGACCACACUUCAAGAUUUCAUUUCUUAAAAGACUCAAAUAGUUAGAGCACGUAACAUUAUUUUAGGCACGAUUACAGUAAGAAUUUGUAUGGGCUAAAAGCUCAUUAUUUCAAGGGAAGAUCGCUUACGUGACGUUAAGGAAGUUUAUUGUUGGCAACAAUUAGGUCUAAGAAUAAUUGUUUUAAAAGUUCAGAGUAUUUUAAAAAUCCUUCGGCUUGUCAACAAGAUCUCUUCUUUUUCGUAGCAUUCAUCUCGUGAACAUUUAUUUAUACACAGUUUUAAUUCAAAGCAUGGUAGUGUUACAAAGAAGAACAAGAGUACAUUUAUGCAAAACUGCUUGUUCCGAAUCGGCCCCCAAAGCAUUUCGGGAUAUACCAAAGUCGGCAAUAGGGUGGUGAAGGUGGGGAUAUUAGGUCAUUGUAGAUAGAUAAUGAAUGUUUAAGCACGGCAUAAUCACUAUCACUUUUACAAUGCAAAAAUCUGUUUCCAGGAAAUGUGCUUCUUGGAGACUGGAGGGAGGGACAAGAGAAAUCUAAUCUGGCUUGGGGUUUCCCAAGAAAGGUUUUAUGAUUGUGCAAGGUGACAUUGAAAAUGGGGUCGCGAAAAUAUUUCAUGGGAGUAUCUGGGCACCGCCUUGCAGUCAGUUUAGUUGCAAUCUCUCUAAACUCUUAGCAGUGUAAGCGUUUUCUAUUUCUUACGUAAAAUUCUAUUUUGACGAGAUUGAAAGGAAUGAUUGUUAUAUACAGUUAGGAUUAUUAGUUUUACACACUUUUACUGUGCUGAUGUAAUGAUUGUUUUUAAAACUGUAUCGUACAUCCUCUAAUAAACUUGACAUUGGC